AUGGGUCGUCGCCGCCACGGGGGGCGUGCGAUCGGCCCGAGGUUAUCUAGAGUCACCAAAGCCGCCGGCGCCCGCCCCCCGGCCGGGGCCGGGGAGGAGGCGGACCGGGUUGGUUUUGAUCUGAUAAAUGCACGCAUCCCCCCGCGAAGGGGGAUCAACCAGGUAGGGGGAAGCGAGCGCGACGACGAGGAGCCGGGCGUGCCGGUGGGGGGGGGGGUGGGGAGAGGCAGACCCCCGCGAGGCGAGGGAGCCGAGAGAGGAGGGGGGGGCCGGGAAGGGCGCUCGCCGGGCCGGGAGACCCGACCGCCCCGGUCCCGCCCGCGGCGAGGACGCCCGACCGCGCGACCCACCCUCGGGGUCCGCGAGGGUCGCGGCGCGUCGCCGCCACCGCGCGGGAGGCACGAGGGGGGGGCGGGGUGGUGCGGCGGGGAGGAGGGCGGCGGGCCGCCCUGCUCUCUCCCUCCUCCAUCCCGCCCGGCCCGGGCCACACCGGGGACGGCCGACGCGCGCCCUCGGCGUCCGUCCGUCCACCCGCCCCAGAGCGGGGCGGGGGACGCCGGGCGGCGAGGACGCGGCGACCGGCCCGCGGCGGGGCAAGACCGGGGACCCGUCCCGCGCUCGGGCGAGCGCACCGGGGCGGGGGCGCCCCCUCGUCCGGCACGCGACGGCGGCGGCGGCGGCGGCGGCGGCGACACGGGCGACGGAUCGGGGCCGCGGCGGGCCCGGGAAGCGAGGCACACCAGGGCACGCGGCCCCGGGGAGCAGCAGACGGCGAGGGGACCGAGGCGGACGGACGGGCGGAGAGGGGCACCGACGGGAUGCGGCCACGCGGGGCCGACACCGCGCAACCGGCGGCGGGGGUGGGGUGGCCGCGCGCCACCGCGAGGGGAACGGCCCAAAGCGAGCCGGGGGAGGGGACGCGAGUCGGCCGCCGGGGCCCACCGCGGGAUCUCACCGCCACAGGCCCUCCCGGCACAGGGGCGGUCCCGCGGCGCCACCCGCGACGAAGGACUGGCGCCCCCACCCUCGCGGGGCUCGCGGCCACCGCCACCGCCACCCCCGGAGCCGCAGCCGGCCCGGGGAGAACACUCUCCCGCCGCACACCGGCGGCCCCCCCCCCACGGCCCUCACGCGCGCGGGGCUCCCCCGCCCCGCCCCCCUCGCUCAGGGCUUUCCGAGGGCACUGCACCGCUCCGCCCGGGGACGCCACCGGCCCGGCAGGGGCCGGGGGACGACACCCACGUGAAGGCGAGGCGAGGCCGGCUCGGGCCCGGGCAGGGGACGGGAACGCGGGCGGUCGCACGCGCGGGACGAGGAGAGGCGAGGCGAGGCCGGCGGCGGCGGGGAGGGGCCGGCGAGCACGCACGGCGGGGGCCGCGGGACAGGGACGCGGGCGCCGUCCGGGGACCGGAGGAAAAAGACCGGGCCACGCGGCCGGGCCCCCAGGAACACCAGCGCGGGAUCCCACCGCCACCCGCACGCGAGGGCGGUCCCGCGACGCCCGGGGCGCCGGCCGGCCCCGGCCAUCCCCGGAGCGUGGCCCGCGACCCGGCCCCGCCGCCAGGGCCGGCGAGCCGGGGCGAGGGCGGGCGCGACGGGCUCCCCCUCACCAACGGCCGCGGGGCCGGGGAAGCCGAGGCCGACCGGGCGUCGCGCCCCGACACGGCCCCCCCUUCCCCCAGGGCUCACCCCACGGGGGCCGGCCGCACGCACACGGCCCCCACCUGCCGGACGCCCGGCGGGGCCCAGCGGGACCCUCCCCCGACUCGGAGGGGGGAGGCGCGGGCCGCGAGAAGGCGUUCUCACCGAGGGCGCGCCGUCCCUCCCCCGGACCGUCUCGCCUUCGGGCUCACGGAGGCGCUCCACGAGCCGCCCGGCCUCAGCCGGGCGGGAGGGGUCUGCGGUACAGGGAAGCGGACCACCACACAGGAGCGUGUGCGCGGUCAGGGCCAGAGCAGAGCCCGCGUCCCGCCCCCUGCAAGGCCUCAUCCGCCGAGGCCUCCGCGACGAGGGAACGGGCACGGCCUCUCCUUCCGCCUCGACCCCCCCGAAAGGGACGAGGCGUCAGCGCUCGGGACGACAGCCACGCCCCGUCGGUCGCGGAGGCCUCGGCGGAUGAGGCCUUGCAGGGGGCGGGGACGCGGGCUCUGCUCUGGCCCUGACCCGCGCACACGCUCCUGUGUGGUGGUCCGCUUCCCUGUACCGCAGACCCCUCCCGCCCGGGCUGAGGCCGGGCGGCUCGUGGAGCGCCUCCCGUGA